AGAGCAAAGGCAAUACACUGUCACAAACUCACAACUCAAAACCUCUUUCGAAAAAAAAAAACAAAACCUCUUUCGAAAGGAAAACACUUCAAUUGUUCUGGGGUUUGUACAAUCUGCAGCAAAAAAGAACCAGAAAAAAAAAAAAAAUGGCUUCUGAAUCCAACCACAAUAAUUUCCACGCUCUUCAAGCAAUCUGCUACAAGCGAGGUUCACUUCGGCUUCUCGAUCAGAGGAAGCUUCCCUUGGAAACUGUCUACUUGGAUAUUCAAAAUUCUUCCGUUGGAUGGUCUGCGAUAAAGGAUAUGGUGGUUCGUGGAGCACCAGCAAUUGCUAUUGCAGCAGCCCUCUCUCUGGCGGUGGAAGCUGUUAAUUUAGAGGCAUUUGAAGGGACUGCUGAUGAUGCUGCUUCUUUUCUGGCACAGAAAUUGGAAUAUCUAGUCUCUAGCCGUCCAACUGCUGUGAACCUUUCAGAUGCCGCCACAAAACUUAAAGAGAUAAUAGUGAAAGCUGCUUCUACUUGUUCAGAAGGGAAUGCUGUCUUUCAGGCUUACAUAGAAGCUGCUGAGGUAAUGCUUGAGGAUGAUGUUGCCUCAAACAAAGCAAUUGGUUCUUAUGGAGCUAAAUGUUUUGAAAGCCAGUUGAAAGAUGCUAAGAAAAUAUCUAUCUUGACUCAUUGUAACACUGGGAGUCUUGCAACUGCUGGAUAUGGUACUGCAUUGGGAGUAAUUCGUGCUGUCCAUGCUCAAGGAAUUCUUGAGAGAGCAUAUUGUACAGAAACUCGACCGUUCAACCAAGGAUCUAGGCUAACUGCUUUUGAGCUGGUGCAUGACAAUAUACCAGCUACGUUGAUAGCAGAUUCUGCAGCAGCAGCACUGAUGAAGGCUGGACGUGUUCAAGGCGUCAUUGUUGGAGCAGAUCGUGUGGCUGCAAAUGGUGAUACUGCGAAUAAAAUAGGAACUUACAGCCUUGCUGUGUGUGCAAAGCAUCACGGCAUUCCAUUUUACGUAGCUGCACCUCUUACCUCAGUAGAUUUAUCAUUGCCUUCCGGGGAACACAUUGUAAUUGAGGAACGGUCUGCAAAGGAGUUGUUGAAUUCCCGUGGCGGACUUGGAGAGCAAGUUGCUGCAUCUGGGAUCUCUGUUUGGAAUCCAGCUUUUGAUGUUACUCCGGCAGAUCUGAUUUCCGGUAUCAUCACAGAAAAGGGAGUCAUCAGCAAAAACAGGGAUGAAACAUUUGACAUCAAAGGUUUUGUGCAAAAGGCGGUAGCUGUAUGACUUUUGUAGAGUUGAAAAAUUUACUUGCUUCUCACGAAUGCUUAAACCUAAUUUCAUUGGAAUAUCGUUAUAAUCAUUUAUGCGAAAGUAAAGAAAUAACUUCAUCAGUGUAUGAGCUCCAUGGUUGAAUAUUCUCAUGAUUGUACAACAACUUAAAACAGAACAGAACAGAACAGAGCAGAGCUGCUCAUAAUUUUGAUGGAUUAUCAUGAUUUCUGUAUACAUUCUCAUGGAAUGUUUUCAGUUUUUUACUGUGCUAAGUCUAAUAAAAAAAAAUCUCAUGGAUUCUUUGUGAUUGA